GACGUGUGGUUGUGACGGUCGCCUAUCUAUUGGAGUUCUCGAAUCGAAUUAGUGGCGUUAUAAUUUAUGAUCAGUGAAAAAAACAUACAAAAAAUUAUCUAUGUAUGACAGUGUAUAAAUUGACUCUUUAAAAUGGCUUUAGAGGGUGUAAAAAGUGAAAAAAGUGAGGAAAACGAUUGUAACGUACAAAACGGCAAGGCGAACGGGAUCGACAACAAAAGUAAACAGAUAGACCCCAACACAGCGUUCUUGCGCGCAGCCCGCGGCGGUCAGCUAGACACAGUCAUCGACUUGUUAGACUCGGGGGCUGUUAAAGAUAUAAACACAUGUAAUUCGAAUGGACUCAAUGCGUUGCAUCUAGCCGCUAAAGAUGGUCACAUUUCAGUGGUAGAGGAACUCUUGAAGCGCGGUGCUACAGUUGACGCAGCUACAAAGAAAGGCAAUACAGCUCUCCACAUAGCAUGUCUCGCGGGGCAGGAGUCGGUAGCGAGAGCGCUUCUCGGCGCAGGGGCGAAGGCCGAUGCUCAGUCUGCUGCAGGUUUCACACCACUGUAUAUGGCGGCUCAGGAAAACCAUGCUGGAUGUGUCAAGAUGUUGCUCGCCGCUGGAGCCAGUCAGACCCUCGCGACAGAGGAUGGCUUCACACCUUUAGCGGUGGCGAUGCAACAAGGACAUGACAGAGUGGUCGCUGAACUGCUAGAAUCAGACACUCGCGGUAAAGUAAGACUACCCGCGCUACAUAUCGCAGCUAAGAAAAACGACGUUAAGGCAGCUACAUUGUUACUCGAAAACGAACACAACCCUGAUGCUUGUUCCAAAUCUGGCUUCACACCCCUGCAUAUUGCAGCACACUACGGCAACGUAGGGGUGGCGAAGGCUUUGUUAUCAUCAGGGGCGGACCCUGGCAGGGCAGCCAAACAUAACAUCACGCCUCUACAUGUAGCCAGCAAGUGGGGGCAGCUGGCUAUGGUAGACCUUCUUGUUGAAAACGGAGGAAAUAUAGCAGCAAUGACGCGAGAUGGAUUGACGCCUCUACAUUGUGCAGCUCGUUCUGGUCAUAGCAAUGUGGUAUCUAGACUUCUACAGCAUGGAGCGCCCAUCACAAGCAAGACAAAGAACGGUCUUACCCCGUUGCAUAUGUCGGUUCAGGGUGAGCAUGUUGAGACUGCACGUGCUUUACUAUCAGAGGGCGCGCCCAUUGAUGACGUCACUGUAGACUAUCUCACCGCUUUGCACGUGGCCGCACACUGCGGACAUGUCAAGGUUGCGAAAUUACUUUUGGAUAGAAAUGCAGAUGCGAAUGCCAGAGCUCUAAACGGCUUCACACCACUACACAUUGCAUGCAAGAAGAACAGACUCAAAGUUGUUGAACUGUUACUCAAAUACGGAGCGAGUAAAUCAGCGACAACCGAAUCAGGGUUGACACCACUGCAUGUCGCUUCGUUCAUGGGUUGUAUGAACAUUGCGCUAGUCCUGGUGGGGGCGGGCGCCUCCGCUGACGCUGCCACAGCCCGUGGAGAGACACCCCUGCAUCUUGCGGCACGAGCUCAUCAGACGGACUUAGUUAGAGUGCUGCUUAGGAACAACGCUAAGGUUGAAGCUCGCGCUCGUGAAGAACAGACGCCAUUGCACGUGGCAGCUCGACUCGGCCACGCGGACAUCGCGGGACUUCUCAUACAACACGGAGCUGACGUGGCCGCCAAUACUAAGGACAAGUACACACCGCUACAUAUCGCAGCUAAAGAGGGUAAAGAAGAAGUGGCCUCAAUCCUCCUAGACAACAACGCGCCUAUAGAGGCGGAAACCAGAAAAGGCUUCACUCCACUCCACUUGGCAGCCAAGUACGGUGAUAUUGGAGUGGCCAGGCUGUUGUUAGCGAGGGGCGCUCAGCCGGACGCGCCCGGGAAAAGUCAUAUCACACCAUUACAUAUGGCCACAUACUAUGGACAUCCGGACAUCGCAUUGCUUUUACUGGAUAAAGGUGCCUCUCCACACGCGUUGGCCAAAAACGGUCAUAGCGCCCUCCACAUCGCGUGUCGUCAUAACCAUCCAGAUAUUGCGUUCGCAUUGCUUGAACACGAUGCGGAUCCCUCGGUGAAAUCUAAAGCUGGUUUCACACCACUACACAUGGCGGCUCAAGAGGGACACGAGGACUGUGUGGAGAUGCUCAUAGAGAGAGGAGCUGAUAUAAACGUACCAGCUAACAACGGUCUAACUCCGCUACACCUGGCAGCGGCUGAAGGCCGUACAGCUGUAUUGAAGUCCCUCCUGUCAGCUGGUGGGCGAUGUGCCGCACGGACCAGGGACGGAUACACCCCCCUCCACGCCGCCGCCCAUCAUGGGCACCACGCGGCCGCACGAGCGCUCAUAGAGGGCGGGGCUGACGUCACAGCUAGAGCCGCCCACGGAUUCACCCCCCUCCACCAGGCGGCUCAGCAAGGACACACCCUCAUCAUACAACUGUUGCUUAAGAACAACGCUGAUCCAAACGCCUUAUCAGCUAGCGGUCACACUGCGUGCGCGUUGGCCGACCGCCUCGGCUACAUCAGCGCGGUUGAAGCUCUAAGGCCGCUCACGCAACACACGCUGUCACAGGCCGUGGGAGACUCGGGUGGUUUAGAGGGCAAAUAUCGAGUGGCUGCACCUGAGCUCAUGCAGGACACGUUCAUGAGCGACUCUGAAGACGAAGGCGGAGAAGUAGAGUGUCCUAUCCAACAGCAACAACAGUACAGAUACAUGAACAGCGAGGCGGGUACGUUGAACCGGGCUAGACCGCUCGAGGAUAGUGUCACGGACGGACAUCUGUGGCCCAGCAACAAUGACAAGAGAGUCGCUACCAUGGAGAGACAACCGCUUGAUAUCGGGUUCCUGGUAUCUUUCGUGGUGGAUGCUCGUGGUGGUGCCAUGAAGGCGAAGCGUCGUGGUGGUGUGCGAGUCAUAGUACCACCAGCAGCCUGUGCCGCUCCCACGAGGGUAACAUGCCGUGCUGCAACGCGUCGCGCACCCGUCGCUGCCCCACCACCCCUGAUGGAGGGCGAGGCCCUAGCCUCACGCCUGCUAGAACUACAGCCGCAAGGAGCGAAGUUCCUCGCGCCCGUGAUCAUCGAAGUACCUAUCUUCACCGCGUCCUGUCCUGAAAGGGAGAUCGUCAUUCUGAGAUCCGACACCGGCGAAACCUGGCAGGACCAUUACUUACACAAUAACGACAAUCAAAUGAUUCAGGAGGCGCUAACUCGUGAAAAACAAGAACACGGUCCGGGCGGAGAGAGACUCGGAGAGAACGGAGAGAGAGUCACGCGUAUCAUAACAUGCGACUUCCCUCACUAUCUGGCGGUAGUGUCACGUGUGAGGCAGGAGGUGCACGUCAUAGGUCCCGAGGGCGGGACCGUGUCAUCGGCACACAUACCACAAGUACAGGCCUUAUUCCCGCCGUCGGCCCUCACGAAGAGGAUCCGGGUGGGGUUGCAGGCUCACGGCGCGGAUAAGGCGCUCUGCUCGCGACUCCUACCUCGCCACGCGGCCGUGUCCCCCGUACUAACUGUGGAGCCCCGGAGAAGGAAGUUCCAUCGCACGAUAACGCUGACGGCGCCGUUGCCGCAGCCGCACGACCAUAAGCUGAACAGUCACGACAAGCAGUCAACAGCAAACCUUCGCCUAUUAUGUUCAAUUAUGGGCGGUCAAGCGCGAGCGGUUUGGGAGGACGUGACCGGGUCCACUCCGCUCACCAUCACCGACGACUGCGCCUCCUUCACCACCACUGUGUCAGCCAGAUUCUGGUUGAUGAACUGUCAAAAUGUCAGUGACGCGACCAAACUAGCCACGGAACUAUACAGAGAGAUGUUACUGGUGCCUUUCGAGAUACGUAUAGUUGUUCUUGGUAAACGUUUGGAUUCGCUGGAAGGUCGCCUCUUGGUGCUGUACAUCACGGACAGAUACGCCUAUGACACGCUGCUACAUCAGGAGCACUAUACUGAGGUGGCUCAUUCCACGUCCGUCCGCCUAUUGGACGGUCGUCCUGUAUAUCUGGAGUUCUCUGGUAACCUGGUUCCUGUCACCAAGUCCGGUACUCAACCAACUCUGGUCUUCGAGGCCUUCAAAGACAACCGCGUUGAGUUUCCUGUGAGAGUGAAGCAUCACGAGGAAAGUCCCUCGGGAAGGAUUUACUUCAUGAAUGAGCCCAAGGUCGCUAAAGGCGAACCGUCCGCCAGUCCUACCUGUGUGCUUGAUGUGUCGCUUCCUGAACGCGUUGCACCCCGACCAGCCAAGAGUCAUUUGGACUGUCUCAACUUGGAUCAAAGCGGUUUCGACGCACUGAAGGAUGAGUUGAGCUUCAACUGGGAACACAACCACAGCGUCGGACCGCCCACAGUGCCCAUAGACCACGCUACUACACAACUCAACGGCCACGAUAAAUCAGUAGCUAACGGUGACGUGAAGUACGAGACCAAAGAGGAUGACAGAAAAGAUAUGCCGCGUAUCAAUGGUGACGCGACGCAUGAUUCAAAUAAGGCUAAAGCAACAUUUGAUUCCGAUGAAGACAAAACACCAAUGAACACUUUGGAAAAGGGUAAAAAGAAAGCUGAAGGCGGUUCAUUCUUGGGCGGUCUAGCUGAUAAAGUCAAGAACGUAUUCAGUCACAGCGAAGACAAAGAGGAAAGCAAAGAAUCGUCUCCCAAACCGCAACCGAAACCGAGGGAAUCUAAAGAGAAGUCUCCGCCGAAACCAGCGCCAAGGAUUAUUAACGAAGAUUUGUUGGAAAAGGUCGAAGAUAUGUUCAAAGACGUCCGCACAAAACCACAUCUCAAGGACGAGGAUGAUGUUAACAGUCAAGUUUAUUCAACAAAACUUAUAGUUGAUGAAGGAAAUCCUGAUGAAGUUCGUCUGAAAACUGAAGAAGUGUACCAUCAGUAUGAAAACAUGCAGCCCGUAGACACCCCACUAUAUUCGAGAAAGAGCGAUCCUUUCCAAUUCUUUACCGGAUGUUGUGAAGACAAAUAUAAGAAAGGUGAAAAACACCGUCACGACGAAACAUCAACCUUAGCUGAUAGAAUCGAACAAGUCAAAUUUUCCGCAAAUGAACAGAUCCAAGAAAUCGAAGAUAAGUAUCAGAAGGAUUUACAAAAAGAUCUCAAAGAAGCGGAAAGAGAGAAAGAUAAUAUCAAACAAGAACUCACCGAAAUCAAGGAAGAUAUUAUUGUAAAGUCCGAGAACAUUAAAAACAAUUUAAUUGAUAAAGAGGAUAAAUUGAAAGCAGGUUUCGAAGAUAAAGUUCAAGAGUUCAGUGACGUUGUUAACGAAAAGAAGAAUGAACUAUCAGAGUCGGGAGAAAAGAUUCAAUCUGAUAUUGGAGCUAAAGUCGUUGACAUGCAAACUAAAGUAUCUUUGACUUUAGACAACGCGAAUGAUGAUGUAAAUAAUUUAUUUGACACUGUUGACAACACUAAACAAAAUAUAAACAAUAAAUUUGUUGCACUCGAUCUGGCUGCUAUGGAAAGAGCUGAAGAAAUGAAGCUUAGAGGUCAUAAUAAAUUAUCUCAAAUGGGAAAAACUUUUGAAAAUGCAGCCGACGAUGUCAGUCAUAAAACAGAAGAAAGUAUAAAUGAAGCGUCAAAUAAAAUAAAUAAUUUAAAAAGUGACAUUGAAAACAACGCUGAAAACGUAAAAGAUAAAGCGAAUGAAAAGGUGAAUAAUGUAAAAGUAAAUAUUAACGACAAAGUAAGUGCCAUUAAAGCUGAAGCCGAAGAAAUUGUAGAUGAAGUAGAAGAGAAAAGCAAAAAAGCUGUAGCUGAAGUCAAAUCUAAGAGUAAAGAUAAAAAGAAUGCAGCAAAAAAGAAAGCAAAGGAGGGGAAAAACUUCUUUACGGGGCUUGUCCACAAUAUUUUCGGGGAAAAGGAAAAAAUUGAGGAUGAAGUUAAAGGUAAAAUAGCUGAAGGCAAGGAAUCUGCGAGCAAAUUAUCAGAACAAGCGUCGGCUGCUAAAGAAAAAUUAGAAGAAAACAUUGCUAAAGAGCAAGAUAAGUUAAAACAAAAUACAGAACAAAUUUUGCAACGCACAGAGAAUACGGCUGAGGAUGUUGUUAAAAAUGUGAAGGAUGCCAAGGAUGAUUUAUUGGAAAGUGCACAAGAAAAAGCAGCGCAAGCUGUCAACGGCUUAAACAAGAAGAAAGAGGAAGUAAUACAGAACGUAGAAGGUAAAGCUAACGAGAUAUCUACAAGUAUACAAGAUAAAAAAGAUGAGUUAUUGCUGAGUGCCCAAGAAAAGAAAGGUGAAAUCUUACAAAAUGUACAAGACAAUACUGAACUGGUAGUUACAAACAUCAAGGCAAAGAAAGAUGAACUAGUACACAAAAAAGAUGAGUUAAUACAAAGUGCGGAAAAUAAAAAAGACCAACUAUUGCACAGUGCUCAAGAAAAAGGUGAAGAAAUAUUCGCAACCAUGGAAUCAAAAAAGAAUGAAGCGGUACAAAAGAAAGAUGAACUACUACAGAGUGCAGAAGACAAGAAAAAUGAUAUAUUGGAAAUGACCAACAAAGAAACUGAAAAAAUAGUAACAGCUGUUAAAGAAAAGAAAAAUGAAGUGUUACAAACCAUCGACGAUAAAAGUUCGGAAGCUGUUCAAAAUGCCCGAGCAAAAAAAGAUGAAGUUAUAUCCGGAAUAAGCGAUAAUAUAGACAAAGCUAAACAAACAGUAGGUGAAACUAAAGACAAUCUUACAUCUGGAAUAGCGGCAAAAAAAGAUGAAAUGAUAAAUUUAAAGAACACGAUGCAAGAUGGCGCCGAAAACAGACUUAAUCAAAUAAAACAAGAAGCUGAAGAGACUACUGAAGAAAUCAAAAGAACUGCCGAAGAAACUCUGAAUGCUGCUGCUGAAAAGAAAAUUGAGUUAAAGAGCAACAUUGCUUCGAAAUUCAAUGACCUUAAAGAUGCUGGAGAAGAUAAUUUAGAAAGACUACGGGAUGCAGCGAAAGAUAAAGCAGAGAAAGUGCAGAAAUCAGCGAAAGUAACGUUCGAAGACGUCGAAGUAUCAGCCUCCAGUGCCUUCGACAAAAUCGAAAGUGCCGCGAUGGACAAAGCUGGUGACGUUAAGGACAUAUAUGAUGACCUUCACAGUUCAACUCGAGAUACAUUCGCGGAUCUCAAGGACGACGCUCAAGGAUACGAAAGCUCAGCCCAGGAUACGUUGCACAGCUUUCAGAGUUCUGCCGGAAAUACUUUUGACAGUUUGGACGAAUCAGCUAAGGAGUUCAUCGGUGAUGUCCAGAGCACCGCUGCAAGAAGCGAAGAAAGCGCUGACCAGCUGUUCGGUAAUGUCAAGGACAGCUUUGAAGGAUUUCAAAUAGCGGCUGGCGAUAAGCUUGAAGAUAUAAAGGUCUCUACAAAACAACACUUCGAAGAGGGUCAAGAUAAUUUGUGUAAAACUAAAGAUGAAGUUGUUCAAGGUUUGAAGGAGUCGGAACAAGUUGUGACUGAUACUCUAACUAGCGAAGCUGACAAAUUCACUAGUAGCCUCAAUGACCUAGGGAACUCCGUUUUUGGGAUGUCGGGUAAAGGAUUCAUGAAGGAUUCCAGUACUAAACUUCUUGAAUCGGAGAAAUCACAAUCGUCGCAACACAAAAAGAGUUCAGGAAUACCGAAGCUUAAGAGGAAGAAAUAAACGAACGAGUCCAUCGACCGAACGGUACAUAAUGUUAAAUGUUACUAUUUAUUUUUUAUUACUAUUGUUUCAUUUUGAUUACGUUCGAUGACAUUUGAUUGAUAUACAAUACUGUCACGUCAUAGGGCCGUGUCCAGUGAAACAAUUGUAACGUAGUAAACGUGUAGUUAACGCCUCGUUGGAUGUCUAAUGUGUAUUUAGGAAUUGGAUAAGAGAUUAUUAUUAAUGUUUAAACGAAGAAUCAAUGGGAGCCUUUAUUAAUGUUUUGCACAAACGAAGUCUCAAUUCAAUUUAUAAAAUUCAUGUUCAAAUAGAAAAGAAUGUCUUACUGUAAAGAUCAAAUUUAAACGACUCCCAUUGCUAAGUACAAAUGUGUGCAGACAGUUUAUUGAGAUAUAAAAAAAACUUUAUAUAUAUAUAAAGUUGCGAUUUCAAAGAAAUCUAUCAACUUGUAGGCUAUAAUCAUGUUAGUGCGAGAUAAUUUAAUGUUUUUUUUUUUUAUUAAUUUAUACAGAUUUAUGAAAGUUGAAUCAUGUCUUAAAUCUUGCCUGUAACUCUCAAAUGUUAAUCAAUUUUUUUUAUAAUCGAAUAAUUUAUGACUAAUUCUUUAAUAUAUUAAAGUUUUUCUGUAAUUUUAUAUUUUAUAUCGUAAUGUCUAAACUUGUGUGUUUUAAAUAUUGAAUCCUGACGGCUCGAGCGCACAAGUGUAGACGUUUGAAUAUGAAAGAAUUAUUUUGAAUUUCUGUAAUAUUUUACUUAAUAUAUAUAUAGACGCCAUCAGUGUUUUGUGUUGCAUAAUUUAUUGUAUUUUUAAAUGUGUUUUAUUUACAAAGUUUACAUGCUUUUGUACAGUAUAUAGAAUGACGUGUUCGUUGUGUGCAACGUUCCGUGUGUUUAUCUAGAUCUGCUAGGCUAUUUAUUUUUAUAUACGGCUAAGACUCCGCUUGCCGCGUAAUAAGCGACUGAUUAUAAAUUAACUUCGGAUUAGUCAUUUCAAAUGUUUAAUCGUCUGUUAUAUUCUAAACUGUCGUUUAUUUGCCGAUGAACACGGACUUUGAAGAUUAAUAGAUGUCGCUAAACGACUGUCAUAGAUUGUGUCCGUCUUGAUUUUUUUUUUUAUUUAUAUAAGAAUUUUGCACAAGUGUAAAAUAAUUGUGAAUUGAAAACGAAACACAGUGAGAGUAACGCUUGCAUCGCUUGUGACGUCUCUCUUUUAGUUGUUAACAUUAUAUUAUAUAAUAUUAUAUUAUAAAAUGUUCUCGAUCA